CUACAACCUCCACUACUACUACUACCUACCUCCCCUACACUUACUCACUUACUCACCUACCCUCCCUCCCUUACUUAUUAUUCUUCUCUUUACCAACCCCCCUUUCGCCAAGCCCCGUAUCGUCGCCCGCGACACUCCACACUCGCGCACACGCACACAGACACCCCCAAACGCCACGUCGUCGAUUUACCCCUAGGUGCACACAUCCAAAAACAAACCCAAAAAAAUCGCCAUCGCCAUUUCUCCACCGCACGUUGCCCUACCCAAGCACCUACCGCGCACUCUGCGCGUCCCUCGCGCGCGCGUUGCCCUACAUCACUUACCGAAGUAGAGUGCCACCCUCCACGCCCGCCGAGCAAGUUCGUCCAACCCGACGAGCUUAGCAAAAGCACCUCGCGUGUAGAUGUGGCUCACCAAGGUCCUCUCUUCGGCCUCCUUCCUCGGCGCCAUCAUCUUCACCAUCCCUUUGGCCUUUGACAUCGGGGGACGCCAGUGUGGUCUGGCCUUCUCUCUUGCCCUGAGCACCUACUAUUUCCUGUACUCGGCUUUACGACUAGCUACCCCCGACCACUCCCGCUUCCGUUGGUCCGUCUGCAAGCUGUUUGCUCUCACCCAAUGGCUCAUGAUACCUACCUUUCUCAUCUGGAGUCUGAAUAAAUUUUCCGUCGAUUCCAACAACGCUUCGGGCUGGGUGGAGCGCACUUUUGGCCGCAAGAGGGCUCAAGAUGCCACUGUGCACGAAUGGAUCUUCGGCGUCGACGGUCUCGCCGAGUCCCUCACCAUAGGCACUUGGGAUAAAGUCCUGCGCUACAGCACCCCCAUUUUCCAGGUUGGCGAGGGCUUUUGCAGCCUGUUGGUCAUUCAAGCUGCCGGCCAGAUCACAAGAUGGCUCGUCAAUAGGGAACGGGGAGACAACUGGAUGAUUGGCCUCUUGAUCGCUUCGGCCUCCAUCAUUUCCUCGUCCGUCUACUUCCUGUGGCGCAUCACCACCUUCCCCGAAGUGAGCAACGUGGAUGCUAUCCUCAUUGGCGUCGCUCUCACAACCGCCAUGUUCUUGUGUGCGUGGGGCAUUGUCAGCGGAAGAGGCAACCCUGUGGAGUCUUCGUUGUUGUUUGCAUACGUGACUCUAUGCAUUUACCAGAUCUUCACAGAUUACCAGCCCGCUCCUGGCUCGUCCGCUGCGCCCGAUACACCUCCUGAUCCGGCUCUGCCUCCUCUGCCUCCCAUCAUUAUGGCGUCUUACACCACACUCAUACACGCACUGGGCUCGCUUCCCACAAUAAUGCACACCGCGUUUAACCUCAUGGUGGGCGCCGUCAUGACCAUCACCCCGAGCGUCAUCGUAUCACUCGCGUACCGAGUUUUUGUCAUGUAUGCCGCCGCUCGCAUCAUCCCCGCUGUCCGAGAAAGCGGUGCACGAGCUCUCUCCCAGGAGCCCAGUCUCGACGAUGAUGACGACACCACAAAGCUGCUGGGACUUCUUACUUGGUUUAGCCCCAGUAUUCUGAUUGCUGUCUAUACUAGUCUACUCAUGCAGCAUUUUGCGAGCGGAAAUGGUGGGAUUGUGGAUGCUGGGAGCGCGGUGCAAGGCGAAUGGUGGAAAAAUCAAGGUGGUGAUACCGGGGGCAAUUUCUGGCGCUGGAUCAACCUUGCGGUGACCAUGGCCAUAUACGCAGUGGAGCUUAGAAUAUCAAAAGAAGACGAUGAUGGACGGCUUACCAGCCACUGGAAAAGCGACUAA